CAAGAAAUUUGCAGCUUAUAUUUGGGAAUCGGAAUAUUUCGAAGGUUUCGAAUUGAUAAGAAAGUGAUUUAUGUUAUAUUGUUAAAGACGCUUAAAAACUGAAGCUAUGAAAUUUCGCUUUUGUGGGGAAGGUGACUGCCCGGAUUGGGUCCUGGCUGAGAUCCAUUCCAAUUUGGCAGUAUUGAACUCACACCAAUUACAAUCGGCGGCUGAGUGUGCAGCCAAAUGCCUUUUGGGAGAGGAAGUCCCGGAAGAUGACGUUCGUUCGAUUUUUGGCGUGCCGAAAGGUACGAUGGACACCCCGAAGGCCGCUUUUGCAUGCAUACGUUUUCUACUGGUAAGUGCUGCUCGGUUCAAUACCGAAAGUUCCGUAUUCGGUACUGAACUACAGCAGUUAGGCUUGCCGAAGGAGCAUACUACUGCCAUGUGCCGCGUCCUAGACGACUACGUCAGUCAGAUCCGAGCCAAACUGCGUCAGUCAAGUUUGACGAUUAAUGAGCUGGAAAGUGUUACGAGUAGCGUUCCGGAAAACACGAUUGAUUGCAUUCAACUUCAAAUCGGAAUUAAAAAUGAAAUUAUUAACGGAGUGCCUCAGCGAACCACCCACGCAAUCAAUGUCAAUCGUAGUGACAUUCCAAUAUUAUUGAGAGAGAUGAAAACGGUUAGAGGUUUAAUGGAGGAAUAUGAUUAUGAGGGAAAAAAUAGUGACCUAAAAUAAUUAUUGGAUUUUCGGUUUUAGUCAUCACAUAAACGUUUGCUUUAUUUUUGAAGAAUCCAGCAUAGUAUUCAAAUAUUUCUUACAUUGGUCAAGUAUUUUAACCACGAAUAAUUUCACUGACAGGACUAUUUUCAUUUAAUUAUGAUUCCCGAAACGG